GUUUUUUUUUUUUUUCUCUUUUUCUUUCUCUCUCUGUGGCUCUAAAACCCUAGCCUCCAAUUUCUGUGGAGGUGAUCUAUUUUUUGUUAACAGAAUACGAGGAGACAGCAAAGAAAGCAGCUAUGAAGGAGUUUGACAUCAUUGGAAAUACUCUUUAUCUUGCUCUUUUCACGGACGUCACCAACUCCAAGGAACUGCUUGAAUCUAUGCAAGCUGGAACACUGGAACCAGAAGUUGCAUUUCUCAAUGCAUCUCUUAUUCCAGAUGUUUUCCCUGUUCUAGCAGCUGCGCAUAAGACACUAGUAGCCAAGUCACGGGACUCGUUGACGACACGCACUCUUCAUUCUGAGCUCGUAUACAAUUACUCAGGAUCUAAGCAUAUUACAGAAUCUUUGAAAAGGUGUGGCAUCUCUGAUAGCACAACUUACAUCCUUGCUGCUCGUUUCAAUGCUACUCUUGAUGAGAUGAAAGCCAUAGAGAAACUUAUCAGUGGAAAAGAGAUUGACUUGGAGGAAUUGGAGGGAAGAGCAAACCAGACCCAGAUACAAAAGCAGUAUAAGAUAUCUGGCGUGGAACUAGGGAUAUCCUCACUUGCAGAUGCUAUUACAUGCCGGAUUGCUGCUAGGGACGCCUUGUAAGAAGAAAGAAUUAUGAUUCUUAUUUUAGUUUCAAUUUUUUUUUUUACUCUAAUACUCACCUUCUCUGGCUCCAUUGUGUUCUCUCAUUGAGUUGAGGUUUGCAUUUGUGAUUUAAACAAUGAAUUCAUGUUGUAAUAUUUGUAAGGUGACCAAGGGAAGCAGAAAAAUGCUAAUAUACUAUGAUCAUAGACUUAAUAUUUGCUGUUGGAUGUUGA